AUGGACCCCAAGACCACAAAGUUCAAGCGCUAUCAAGAAGCUGCAAGGAAAGACGUAAAACAUGCAUUCGGGGUGCUUCAAGGUCGUUUUCAUCUCCUCACUCAUGGAACGUGUCCAAUGAGCAUAAAAAAAAUUAAACGUGUGAUGUACACUUGUGUAAUGUUGCACAAGAUGGUCGUUGAUUAUAACGGUCGUGUAAUUAGUCCAUUCGAUUUGGAGUUAAUUCCAGAGGAGAGGCCAGUUCGUAAUUGGGACCAACGAGUUGGAACACAAUUACGUAUGACGAGGGAGUUACGUGAUCGAGUGACGCACUACCGUCUUCGAGGCACUCUAGUCGAACGGAUUUGGAACUUGCCUGCACAACAUCGUCAACGUUGA